CGAUCUAUGUCUCUGAAAUCGAUUGCUCUCCUUUGCUGUCUGGUGGAGUCGAUCCCAGAUAUCCACUCGCCGCUGAUGCAACACAUUGACAGGUUCCACAUCGACCUCAAGUGUUAAGACAUUAACUCUAAGGAGCGAGGCACCAUGGGAGAACAGCUGAGCCCAGAUGAGAAGCUUCACCUCAUCACUAGGAACCUUCAGGAGGUGCUUGGAGAAGAGAAGAUAAAGCAGGUCCUGUCAGAGAGGGAACUAAAGGUGUACUGGGGAACUGCCACCACAGGAAAACCCCAUGUUGCCUACUUCGUCCCCAUGUCCAAGAUUGCGGACUUCCUCAAGGCAGGGUGUGAGGUGACCAUCCUGUUUGCAGACCUGCACGCGUUCCUGGACAACAUGAAGGCUCCCUGGGAGCUGCUGGAGCUGAGGGUCCAGUACUACGAACAGGUGAUCAAGGCCAUGCUGGAGAGUAUCGGGGUGCCGUUGGACAAACUUAAGUUCAUCAAAGGGACAGACUUCCAACUCAGCAGAGAGUACACUCUGGACGUGUAUCGUCUGUCGUCCAUGGUAACGGAACAUGAUGCUAAGAAGGCUGGAGCCGAGGUGGUUAAACAGGUGGACCACCCUCUACUCAGUGGUCUGCUCUACCCUGGACUACAGGCUCUGGAUGAGGAGUAUCUGAAAGUUGAUGCCCAGUUUGGAGGAGUCGAUCAGAGGAAGAUCUUCACCCUGGCUGAGAAGUACCUGCCCUCCCUGGGCUAUGCUAAGCGGCCCCAUCUGAUGAACCCCAUGGUACCAGGACUGACUGGAGCUAAGAUGAGUUCUUCAGAGGAGGAGUCUAAGAUUGACCUCCUGGACAGGAAGGAAGAUGUGAAGAAGAAGCUGAAGAAGGCUUUCUGUGAGCCGGGCAACAUUGAGAACAACGGAGUCCUCUCAUUUGUUAAACAUGUCCUCUUCCCACUUGUAGGAGAGUUCUCCAUCAAAAGAGACCCCAAGUUCGGAGGAGACAAAACCUACACAGACUUUGAGGAAGUGGAGAAAGAAUUUGGCGAAGAGCUGAUCCAUCCUGGUGACCUGAAGGCGGGCGUGGAGUUGGCCCUUAACAAGCUGCUCGACCCAAUCAGGAAGAAGUUUGAGUCUCCAGAGCUUCGUAAACUCUCCAACACGGCCUAUCCAGACCCGUCAAAGAACAAGGGAGCAGGGAAGGGGAACCCUAAAGUAGCAGAAGAGGAUGAGCUGGUUCCCUCCAGACUGGACAUCAGGGUGGGCAAGGUCAUCAGUGUGGAGAAGCAUCCGGAUGCUGAUUCGCUGUACCUGGAGAAAAUAGACGUCGGAGAGGCGGAGCCAAGGACGGUGGUGAGCGGCCUGGUGGCCUACGUUUCCCAGGAGGCCUUGCAGGACAGACUGGUGGUGUUGCUAUGCAACCUGAAGCCCCAGAAGAUGAGGGGGGUGGAGUCCCAAGCCAUGCUGCUCUGUGCCUCCAU